CUGCGCCGCGCGCGAGGGCCCAGGGGACCGCGAGGGCGGCGAUAGUGGUGGCGCGCGUCGACGCGCGUCGCGGGGUAUCGCGCUCGCGCUGGCGUCCCUCGCGCGAAGUCGCGAGGGACGCAAGGCCCGACCGCGCGAGCGAAAAGGAGGCACAAAGGCAGGGAAUCUCGCGCGCGCCUCUCACGCGUUCGCGGACGCGUUUUAGAGGAAAAAUCCCGCGAAGGCGCGCGCGAGGAUGACGCCGGCUUCGUCGAAAGCGUCGAAGGAGCAGGUCGCGCUCCGCGUGCUCGAGCGCCUGAAAGAGACGUGGCCGAUCAUCGCACAAGACCCGACGUUGGAGGCGGCGCUCAAGACGCAUUUUACGCGUUUGCCGCGGCGAUACGCGCUCGACAUUCACAACCUAGAAGACAUACGCUCGCACGUGCGCCUGCUCGAGCGCGCGGAGCGAACCCCGGGCGCGGUGCUGUGCGAAUCUCGCGGCGUGCGCCUAUCGUCCGUGUUCGGCGACGUCUCGAACUCGAUCGGAAACAGUCUCAACGACAUGGACGUCGCGAUGUCCUCCUCGCCGAGCGCGUCCGACGGUCGCACGCUGGAGGAUCAGAUGAACGAGGGCGGCGUCGGCGGGAAAACCCCGCUGCCGGUGUUCGAGAUCGCGGUCAGCGGUCGCAACCGCCCGCGCAUGCUCUCGCGCGUCUCCGCGAGCUUGUUCGACCUCGGAUUGAACAUCACGGAGGCGCACGUCUUCUGUACCAACGACGGAUACGCGUUGGACGUCUUCGUCGCGCAGGGCGCGGGCGAGUGGGAGAUUCAGGAGGCGCAGCUCAGCUUCAAGGAAAAGAUCGCGAGCGGCGCGUUUGGGGUUUUGUACCGCGGCGGCUACUGCGGGCAAGAGGUGGCGAUCAAGGUUCUGAAGACGGGGGAGAAGAGCUCGCAGGAGGAGGUGUACCGCGAGUUUGCGCAGGAGCUGAGCAUCUUGAGGAAAGUGCGGCACAGGAACAUCGUGCAACUCAUCGGCGCCAUGACGAAACCGCCGCGCCUGUGCCUCGUGACGGAUUUCAUGAAGGGCGGGAGCGUGCUGCAGUUCCUUCACAAGAACGCGCCGCUGAAGCUGCCGCAGCUUUUGAAACUGAGCGGCGGCGUCGCGCUCGGGAUGGACUACCUCCACAAAGUGUCCGUCAUUCACCGCGACCUGAAGACGGCGAACUUGUUGAUGGACGAGAACGAGGUGGUCAAGGUUGCGGAUUUCGGCGUCGCGCGCGUCGUCGCCGCCGACGGCGCGGCGAUGACGGCGGAGACGGGGACGUACCGAUGGAUGGCCCCGGAGGUUAUCUCCCACCAGCACUACAAUCACAAGUGCGACGUGUUCUCGUACGGCAUCCUCCUCUGGGAGCUCAUCAGCGGCGGGGACAUUCCGUACCCGGGGUACACGCCGUUGCAAGCCGCGCGCGGGUUGCGGCCGACGAUUCCGCCGAGCUGCCACCCGGUGAUGGCGCAGGUGAUGCAGUACUGCUGGCAGAGCGACCCGAACGUCCGGCCGGAGUUCGAGCAGAUCGUGGAGCUUCUGAAGCACACGGAGGCGUCGGGGGCAGGGGGCGGCGGGAACGGCGGCGGGAGCGAGAAGCAGGGGUUCUUCGGCAGGCUUCGCAGCGGGUUGGGGACGAGAAGCGCGAAGAGCGGGUGACGAGCGAACGAGAAGACGACGAGACGACGGGUCGAGCGACGUCAGUCCUGUCGUCGGGUGUACUUUCCCUCGCGCGCGACGCGCGCGCGGCGACGCAGAAUCAUAGCAGACGCGUCUCGCGGGCGCGGUGGGGUCAUAUUAGACCGCCAUCGCGGCCGCGGCGACGUUAGUAAUACUACAGAACACACACGUUGCGU